UAAAAUUUCAAAAUAUUAGAUCUAACAUAAAUGUCUAGAUUCUUUUGGCAGACACCGAAUAAUACAAGCAUCGCAAACAUUCCAAACUCAGCACUAGCAACAGGGGGGACUUCCAUUCAAACACAAAUUACCCCAAAUCAAUUAGCCACACUUCAACAGCAACAACAACAAAUACUAGCAGCUCAUCACCAUCAACAACAGCAACAACAGCAAUACCAACAACAACAGUCUGCUGCAUCACACAAUCCGACAGCAUCUGUUGCGGCUGUACAACAAGCACAUGUUGCAGCUGUGGCUGCUAGUGGUGGGGCAGCUGGCCAACAUCAAUCUACAAUACACGCAACUUCUUUGAUGCAACAAAUGGCUGCUGUUGCCGCUGCAGCUCAGCAACAACAUCCACAUUCCCAACAACCAACAAAUACUUCUGUUGGACUUCAAGCUGUAAUGCAACAACAAUUACAGCAAACGGCAGCUGCAGGUUCGGCGGCAACACAUCCUAUGGCUGCAGCACUUGCCCAGGCAAGUGGAAAAAAUGCUCAAUUUGUUGCUUCAAUCCAGCAACAGCAGCAGCAACAACAACAAGCAGCAGCAGCUGUCGCUAAUAAUGGCAAUACAGGUGUAUCUGUUUCUUUACCUCCUGGAAUGGCUGUAGCAGUACAACAUCCACAAUUAGCUUCUAAUGUCGGACAAAAUGUUUCGGCAAACAAUGCUGGACAGUUGGUACCUUCUUUGGCUACUCCUUCUCUAGCUUGGCCAAUUUUUCAGCCAAUAGUAAACAUUCCUUUUUUCGACAUGGCCACUUAUCAAAAAGUUAAUUUGGACGUUCAGCCAAGUGCCAUGGCCAAUGGAAUGGAUCUACCAUUAAAUGAUAUUAACACACUUAGGUUAAUUUAA